AUGGAACAAUCACUUCAACGCUUCAACGGAAUAUCUCCGACGGAGGAACCAGAAAACCACCGCCGCCACAAAAAAACCCCAUCCUCCGCCGUACCAACAAACAAAGCCGGCAGCUCAAUACGAUACCGCGGAGUCCGACGCCGACCAUGGGGCCGUUACGCAGCCGAAAUAAGAGAUCCACACUCCAAAGAACGCCGCUGGCUUGGUACCUUCGAUACUGCCGAGCAAGCCGCCUGUGCCUACGACUGCGCCGCCAUAUCCAUGCGCGGUUCUAAAGCUAGAACCAAUUUCUUUAACCCCGAAACCGAAACCACCGAACAUCAUCAUCUUCAUCAUCAUCAACAACAGCAACAUUGUCUUUUUCAUUCUUUCAAUGUUUCAAAACAGCAACAAUCUCAACACCGCCACGUCAGCAAGUUCAACGGUGUUGAUUAUCUUAACCAACACUUUCAUAGCAAAACCAUUAACAGUACUAUUUCUUCUUCAGCUUCAGCUUCAGUUUCUACAGAUUCAGAUAAUGUUACUACUGAAAACAUUAUCGAUGAUGAUGAUGCUGACUCGGAUUUUUUUCCGAGAGAAUCAUCUGGUUUGUUGGAAGAGAUUGUUCAUAAGUUUAUGAAAAGUUCGAAAACAACAAAUAGUGAAAAGAAGAUGAAAACUGAAACUUUUGCAGGUUCAGUUUCUCAACCAAUACUAUCUCAUUCUCAUCAUCAUAACAUGCUUCCUGAUAAUGAGAGUUUUGGUUAUGUUUCUUUUGAUCAACAACAUCAAGGUUUUCCAAUGCAACAGUUUGAGAGUUUUGAUAAUGGGUUUAACUUUAACAACAAUGUGGCUAUGUGUGUUGAGGGAAAUAGUUAUCAUGCAGCAGAGUGUUCUAUAAUGGAUGAUGUGUUUUACUAUCCUGAACUUUUUCAUUCUUUUGCUACUAGGAUUCAAAAUCCCUCAGCUGAUUUACCUUUUGACACAGAACCAGAGAGGACUUUACGAGCAAGACUCCGAAGAGCUAAGCAAGAAAGACUGGCAGCAUCCGAAGGAAAUCCAACAAUACCAGAAAUAGAGGAAGAGGUUUCGGUUCAUCCAGAGCAUUCCGAUUCAGACGCCGAGACAAUUCCUGAGACAAUGGCAGCUAAUCCACCCCCACCAGUCGAGAGGCUUCUUGGUGACUAUGGUGGAAAUAAUGCACCGGCUGGUAGAAUGGCAAUUGUGAACCAACCGGUGAAUGCGGCACACUUUCAGCUGUAUCCCAGCACUAUCAUUUAA